CUAUAAAAGGCACCACUCCGUGUUUCUUCACAAUCGUCGUUCCAAUUCCCAAAUCACAAUCCCUAAUUUUCUUCUUCUUCCCCGGAUCUUGUUUUCUAUUGCAAUGGCUCGGACGAAGCAGACGGCGAGAAAAUCCACCGGAGGAAAGGCCCCGCGCAAGCAACUGGCAACCAAGGCAGCUCGCAAAUCGGCGCCUGCCACCGGCGGUGUGAAGAAGCCCCAUCGGUUCCGCCCUGGCACGGUGGCGCUGCGGGAGAUCCGCAAGUACCAGAAGAGCACAGAGCUUCUUAUUCGUAAGCUCCCGUUCCAGCGUCUUGUCCGUGAGAUUGCCCAGGACUUCAAGACGGAUCUCCGGUUCCAGAGCUCUGCCGUAGCAGCACUCCAGGAGGCGGCGGAGGCCUAUCUGGUUGGUCUCUUUGAGGAUACCAAUCUCUGUGCCAUCCAUGCCAAGCGGGUGACUAUAAUGCCCAAGGAUAUUCAACUUGCGCGCAGAAUCCGUGGGGAGAGGGCCUGAUCGCUCUGAUUUACUUGUCUGAUCUUUUUAGGGUUUAGGUUUUUACUGUUGUCAACUAUUGCCUCUGUGUUUGAAUUUCCUAGUGGGAUGUAAAAAUGCUUUAUUAUCAAUGUCUGCUUUCUGCAAUGUUAAUCUAUGCAGUUCUUUCUAA